AGAAUCAACGGUUGGGAUAAGACUAUGAAGCCUCCCGAUUCGGCUGCCUCCAUUUCCAAAUAUUCUAAUUUCACCUUCUGAUCCUCUUCUCGACGUUCUCUCCGGCCGUCCCUCGUACUUCACGUAGAGAGAGAGAGAGAGAGAGAGAGAGAGAGAGAGGCGCCAUGUGUGGAAUACUCGCUGUCUUCGGUUGCGUAGACACGUCUCAGGCGAAGCGGUCCAGAAUCAUUGAACUUUCUGGGAGGUUGCGCCAUAGGGGUCCAGACUGGAGUGGGUUGCAUUGUCAUGAGGACUGUUACCUUGCUCAUCAAAGAUUAGCGAUUGUAGAUCCUACUUCCGGAGAUCAACCACUUUACAAUGAAGAUGAGACAGUUGUUGUUACGGUUAAUGGCGAGAUAUAUAACCACAAGCAAUUAAGAGAGAAGCUGAAGUCUCACCAGUUUCGAACUGGAAGUGAUUGUGAAGUAAUUGCGCAUCUUUAUGAAGAAUAUGGAGAAGAAUUUGUGGAUAUGUUGGACGGAAUGUUCUCCUUUGUCCUUCUUGAUACCCGUGAUAAAAGUUUUAUUGUGGCUCGGGAUGCUAUUGGUAUCACCCCACUUUACAUGGGCUGGGGUCUUGAUGGAUCAAUUUGGUUUGCUUCAGAAAUGAAAGCUUUAAGUGAUGACUGUGAACGAUUCUUGUCUUUCCCUCCUGGGCAUAUAUAUUCUAGCAAACAUGGAGAUCUUAGACGAUGGUAUAACCCACCAUGGUAUUCAGAGCUUGUACCUUCAACUCCAUAUGAUCCCUUAGUUUUGCGCGAGACUUUUGAGAAGGCUGUGGUUAAGAGACUUAUGACAGAUGUACCAUUUGGUGUACUUUUGUCUGGAGGACUGGAUUCCUCACUUGUUGCUGCUGUUGCUUCCCGUCAUCUGGCUGAGGCAGAAGCUGCUUGCCAGUGGGGUUCACAGUUACAUACCUUUUGCAUUGGGUUGAAGGGUUCUCCAGAUUUGAAAGCUGCUAGAGAGGUAGCAGAUUACCUUAGAACUCGUCACCACGAGUUCCACUUCACUGUGCAGGAAGGCAUUGAUGCACUUGAGGACGUUAUUUAUCAUAUUGAAACGUAUGAUGUAACCACCAUUAGAGCCAGCACUCCGAUGUUUCUAAUGUCCCGAAAAAUCAAAUCUUUGGGUGUAAAAAUGGUUAUUUCUGGUGAAGGUUCAGAUGAAAUUUUUGGAGGUUACUUGUAUUUCCAUAAGGCGCCUAACAAGGAGGAGUUUCACCAGGAGACAUGUCGAAAGAUCAAAGCUCUUCAUCUGUAUGAUUGCCUGAGGGCCAAUAAAUCAACGUCAGCAUGGGGUGUUGAAGCUCGUGUACCAUUUUUAGAUAAAGAAUUCAUCAAUACAGCAAUGAGCAUUGAUCCAGAGUCGAAAAUGGUCAGCCCUGAUAUUGGAAGGAUUGAGAAAUGGGUCUUACGCAAUGCAUUUGAUGAUGAGAGGAAUCCAUACUUGCCAAAGCACAUAUUGUACAGGCAAAAGGAACAGUUCAGUGAUGGAGUUGGAUACAGCUGGAUUGAUGGUUUGAAGGAGCAUGCAAACAGACAUGUUACAGAUGCAAUGUUGUCAAAUGCUCACUUCGUCUACCCUGAAAAUACUCCUACAACAAAAGAGGCAUACUAUUACAGGACCAUCUUUGAGAAGUUCUUUCCCAAGAAUGCUGCUAGGUCAACUGUUCCAGGAGGUCCAAGUGUGGCAUGCAGUACAGCUAAAGCAAUAGAAUGGGAUGCAGCUUGGUCUAAAAAUCCCGAUCCUUCUGGUCGUGCUGCUCUUGGUGUUCAUGCUGCAGCGUAUGAGGCAGGUGAGACUAAGAAUGCAAAUCUGCUGAAUGGUCUGCAGAAAAUACAAGAAGGGACCCGAGAGAGGAUCACUGCAGUCGUCUGAUUUAGGAUUUCAUCUCAUCCUCAUUGGCCACAGGAGUUCAAUGCCUGAUUCUAGAGGUAUAUUAUUCAGGAUCUCCAAUUUUCUUUCCCAUUUUGGCAUAUUUUCGAAUUGACUUUUAACCUUCUCAUGGAGAGUGACCUAAAUUCCAAUGAUGCACUAUUGAAAAGAUUACUAUUUCAGAUUGAAUUGCGUUUCAUGAUCUAUAUGUUCUGAACAGAUAUUUUUGGCCAAGGCACAUAAUGAUGAAGUUUUUUGGGCUCAAGAUGUCGUAAAGCAGGUGUUUAAAAAAGGUAGCUGUUAUGCAUUCUAGUUCUAUUUCAACUUUCAAGUUCUUGUUUUGGUUCUCAUUUUUUUGGCUUUGUAAACAAACCUUGGGGGUAUUCAUCCCCUAUAGUUUAUUGUUGAAUAUUUUGAGGCUGAUCCAUCUUUUAUUUAAUAAUAUAUGUACCUCUACAAUGCUGUUCUGUCCGUCUCAACUGGGGAUUUUCUAAAACCCUUCGUUAUGUGUAUCUUCAACUAUUUUGUUUGCGAUAAUGAAGGACAUAUUAAAAUUUAAAA